UGGACUCGCAGACGGGCGGCUCCGGGGUCCCGGCAGGAGCCUCGGCGGGGGUGGGGCCCGCGGGAAGGGGCGGAGCCCGGCUCACCCAGGCUAUAAACACGGGCGGGGCGGAGCGCGCACGCCGCGCGGUGUUAGCAGCGGGAGCCCGGGUGCAGGCAGAUUCUGUGGACAAUCACCAUGAGAAGCAAAGGAGGAUUCAUCCUGCACCUGCUCGUCCUGGCUGUCCUCUGCCAUUCAGGUCAUAGCCUGACAUGUUACAACUGUGCUGACAGUGUUGCGUGCAAUAAGACCACCAUUUGUUCGCUUAAUCUUGAUGCGUGUCUUUUGGUCAAAGCCGAGCCAAACCUUUUUUACCACCGCUGUUGGAAGUUUCAUGAUUGCAAUUACAACGUCAUCUCCGAAACCUUAGGGCUGAGGAAGCUCCAGUAUGACUGUUGCCAGCAGGAUCUGUGUAACAGGAACGCCGCGGCCCGGGGCACCAACAGCGCAGCUCUGCUGCUGAUCCCCCUGCUGGCCGCAGCCUGGACCCUUUGUCUCUAAAUCAACACCGGGAGGCCUUCUCCUAAACCGUCCGUUUCUGUAUAUUUCUUAUUUCCUUGGCUGCUGCCUUCCACAUUUUUCACCUGGAUCCCGCUGGGCAAGACUAAAACUAGCUUGAGCCGCGUGGUUAAGAGAGAGACUCCGAGAGACUUUGAAGACCAGUCCCGCCGGCAGCGAAGACCCGUCGGAGGGACAAAAUGAAAGGGUGAAGCAUGCACGAUCUGAGCUAGGUCACAUGCUUCUUCCUCGGCUUUUUGCAAGAGCAGCCUCGCCGUGACAGCUUGAGUACCUUAGAUUCUCUGCAUGCCCUGGUCAUUUCCCCUCCGAUGGCUGGGAGGUAGUUAUUAAAUACUCUGAUCAGUGCUUUCUGGGGCGGGGGGGGUGGGGGGCUGGGGCAGGGGAUUUUUUUCAACAGCCUCUCCCAGGGAAUGCCUUCAUCCUCUCCCUUCAUGGCCCCCUAUGCUGCCAUGCAGGCCUGACCAAGCUCCCACGUGUGGGCUGUCGAUCAGGCGAAGUGAGAGUCUCAGCGCAGGGGGCGGGGGGGUGGGGGUGGUGAUCGCAAUGACCUUUGUACUCUCAACUAGCAGGUGUCUGGCAGGGAAGGAGGGGAACUUCCCACACAGCAGGGUAUGGAACCCCCAGGUCUGUCUUCUGAGAGCUAGCAGUUGGCUAAAACCCAAGUUUUCCUCUGUUCCUCAGUUGUGAAUGGGCUUUGCUGUCUUCACUAGAAAAAACAAACAGCAUAUAAUUAUGAUGUGUUAAAACUACCCCCCUAGGGGCGCCUGGGUGGCUCAGUCGGUUUAGCGGCUGCCUUCAGCUCAGGUCAUGAUCCCAGGGUCCUGGGAUCGAGCCCUGCGUCAGGCUCCCUGCUCAGUGGAGAGUCUGCUUCUCCCUCUCCCUCUGCCUGCCUCUCUGCCUACUUGUGCUCUCUAUCUAUCUGUCAAAUAAAUAAAUAAAAUCUUUAAAAAAAACAAAAAAAAAAACCCCAAAACUACCCCCCUGACUUUUUUAUCGGAUUGGUGGGGUAUCUUGGCUUUGUCACCCACAGUCAAAGACUGAACAGUGGGGCAUUCUUUGUUAAAAAUGACUCACAGUAUUAAGUGUGCCUACUUUAAGUAGUACUGGUCGCAGGUCUCUUCCUCUGUGUCUGUGUACUUUAUGAACACAAAGAGAAGAGCUCUGGGGCUGCAGCUUGGGACCUCCAGAUGCCCUCGUAAACAGCAACGGGGGUGUGUUUUUUCCUGCCGACACCCGGCCUGUUGACCCCUAGCUGACUUAGCCCAGUUUGCAGAGGAGACAUUUGUCAGGGUUAUUAACAUAAUCACAAAUGUUGAGGCUUUUGGAAGCUCUCCCAGUUUCCUAAAAAGUGAUAUACCUUUUCAGGAGGGUAGAGUUUUACUUUUCUUGGGGGUGUUGCUGAAUAAUUCUCAAGAUCCAAUAGAUGUAAGGACACUUGUACUCUUAUCAUCCUGGCUGUCUUUAACAGCAUAGCUUGACUUUUUGCAGCUGAAGGUGGGAUUUCACGAUUAACAUUUUUUUAAACACCUUGAUCAUGUCAUCUGUGCAACAAACUGGAAUGACGGAUGUCUUUCUGAAAAUGAAAUGUAACCGAGUGCAUGAGUGUGAUGACUGGCCCAGGAGGAGAGCAGCAUCUGCAGUGUGUCCAGUGGUUGCAGCUAGUAGAAGAGAGCCUGGGCAUUGUCAGCUUUCUCCUGUGGACGCCCUUCCUCGAACAGAGACAAACUGGGGCUUCCUCACCAAAACCUAGCAUUGCCUUGGUGCUCUGUGUUCCUCACCAGCUCGGUGUCUUUCCUCACAUCGUCUUUCCUUCUCUUGUCCAAGACAGAAGACCACCUGGAACUCUUUGCUCAGGAGGCUUCCUUCUGCCUAGGGCAGUACUGACCGGACCCACGGCCGCCGGCUGAGCAGUGCAGUGCCUUUCACAUAGGCCUUUAGGAAACAGAACCAGUUUUGACUCAUUCAUGCAGAAAAUGAAUCUGGGGGACCUUUUGAGGGAGAGUCCAACCAGACUACAAAAAGCCAGGAUUUGGGCAGUUCCAGAAUGCGCUCUCAACAUUCGGAUUCCAGAGUGUGACUUGUCUGCUGUCUUGGGUCCUGCGCCCACACUGGGGUCAGAGAGCACGAAGAAAGGGAUAAUUCUCUAAAGCAGAAUCUCAGUGCUGCUACGUGGGGAGAUGGGGAGAGGGCUCCUGGGAGUUGAAAUCAGCAUGGUCAUAAUGAAUGGCCUUAAGCUUUGAGGUUUCUUUCUGUAGAAAGUUACUAUGACUCACGCUAUGGACUGAGCAUUGGGUGUCUUGACCCAAAAGUAGUCCUGCAAAGGCCAGGUGACUGGAGAGUCAGCAGCUUUUGUAUGGCUUUAUAAGAACUUUCAUAUUCGGUUUGAUAUUGGGUGAUCAUACCCCCAUCGGAUCUUCUCUCUCGGGGAAUGAGGUAUGGAUGCAAGAUACCCCCACUGGGUAGUAAGUGGAACGCCUAGUGUGUCCUGAAGGAUGCUGACCCAUCAUCCAACUUAGGCUUGAAGGUACUGAGCCUCAAGGUAUGGGUAUAUUUCCCCUGUGUCCUUGUAGUGGGCCCCACGACUUAACACGUAGUAUGUGUCCUGAUAAAAUAAGAGCCUGUCUAGCCCACGUUUUGGACUUUAGGCCUCCUGAGAGCAUGAACCUUGUUUUAUAUGUCUGAGUCCUUGGGGCCAGAUGAUUUCACCCUGCACCUUGUAAGUGCCUCGUCAGUGGUCAAAGUCCACUAGCUCACGUUGGGUUUGUUUGCUUACAAACGUCUGAACUGAUGCUAACAUUUCUAAGAGAUUCUUGAUGUACUGGGGAGGCACAGAGUUGACCCGAAGUCGUACCGACCUGACAUGCCCUCUGACGAGGGGAACUUGCUGCGGGGUUCUCUGCUCUGUGGUCUACGUGGAUUUCCAACUGUGCUAUCAUCUCACUUUGCUUAAGAGAAACUACUUUUGGAGAAGUUGGCUGAAUUGCUCCCGGUCACCAGGGUAACACGUUGGCACGUCUAGGGUUCACACUCAGCUCCCCAAGGCAGCCCCCCUCUACUGCCCCACAUCCUUUGCACACUGCCUUGAGCACACACCAGCGUGA